UGGAGAAAGGUGGAAGAGGUUUCACUACACAGAUUAGGCGACCAUCUUGAAACCGGAAACACCGCAGCGCAAAGACCUUCCGUGCUCCGCGUCGCCGACCGAAUCAGCAAUGAUGGCUGUAGCACGUUACCGGAUUGAGUCGCACGCUUUGGAACUGGCCUGCGGCUCGUAGCUGUAGAAGGAGCCCUGCUGGUCCAGGUUAGAGGUGCUGCAUCCCCCGAGCUCCCGAAGCGGAGACAGUAGGAAGCGGAGGGCUUGCGGCCAGCCGGAAGAAGCCUUGGAGCCCGCGUAUACUGCCUGAUUGUGGAAAAGGCAAAAACUUCCAAGUUUACCUCUGACAGUUCCAUUCCACAUUGCCCAUUAAAAGGAACAUUUAUUGAAGCUAUUCUUUAUAUCUAGUACCUGUCAGCUGCAAAGAAAAAAAUACCCCUUCCAACUGCCAAGGCAGUACAGGAGCCAUGGCACACUACCCCACAAGGCUAAAGACCAGAAAAACUUAUUCAUGGGUUGGCAGGCCAUUGUUGGAUCGAAAACUGCACUACCAAACAUAUAGAGAAAUGUGUGUGAAAACAGAAGAUUGUUCUACCGAGAUUAACAUCCAGGUUGGACAGUUUGUGUUGAUUAAAGGGGAUGAUGAUGAAAACCCAUUUGUUGCUAAAUUGCUUGAGUUGUUCGAAGAUGAUUCUGAUCCUCCUAAGAAAUGUGCUCAGGUACAGUGGUUUGUCCGAUUCUGUGAAAUCCCUGUCCGUAAACAGCAUUUGUUGGGCCGGAAGCCUGCUGCACAGGAAAUAUUCUGGUAUGAUUACCCUGCCUGCAACAGCAGCAUUAAUGCUGAGACCAUCAUUGGCCCUGUUCGGGUGAUACUUUUACCCCCAAACGAUGUGGUACCGACGGAUCUGAAAAAUGAGAAGACACUCUUUGUGAAACUAUCCUGGAAUGAAAAGAAGUUCAGGCCACUGUCCCCAGAACUAUUUGCAGAGUUGAAUAAACCACAAGAGGGUGCAGCCAAGUGCCAGAAGCCCGUGGGAGCCAAGAAUAAGAGUGCAGAAAGCCCUGCUUGGACCCCAGCAGAAUAUGUGGCCAAAAGGAUUGAAUCAAGGCACUCCGCCUCUAAAUCUCGCCAAACUCCUACCCAUCCUGUCACCCCAAGAGCGAGGAAGAGGCUGGAGCUUGCCGGUAACUCUUGGAUGUCCCAGCAGGCUUCAUGUGCCACUUUGGAUUCUCCAGGAAGAACAAAACGGAAAGUGGCCUUCUCAGAGAUCACCUCACCUUCUAAGAGAUCUCAGCCUGAUAAACUUCAGACCUUGUCUCAGGCUCCGAAAGCCCCAGAGACAACCAGAGAGAAUGGACUCUCUUAUACUGAGGAUGACAAGAAGGCUUCGCCUGAACGUUGCAUGAUCCUGAGAACUCGAAUUCCACCUUUGAAAACCAUAGACAUUAGAGAUGAGAGAACACUUACCCCUAUCAGGGGGGGACGGAGAUCUUCAGUGGUGCCAUCCGUGAUUCUGAAACCAGAAAACAUCGAAAAGAGGGAUGCAAAAGAAGCAGAAACUCAGAAUGAAGCCACCUCUACUCCCCAUCGUGUCCGCAGAAAGAGUUCUCUCUUGACUAUGAACCGGAUUAGGCGGCAGCUCCGGUUUUUAGGUAAUAGUAAAAGUGACCAAGAAGAGAAAGAGAUUCUACCAGCAGCAGAGAUUUCAGACUCUAGCAGUGAAGACGAGGAGGCUUCCAUACCACCCCUUCCAAGGAGAACACCCAGAACUGUGUCCAGGAACCUGCAAUCUUCUUUGAAGUCAUCCUUAAAGACCCCAACGAAGAUGCCAAAGAAAAGACCCAAGCCUAGAACAACACCAUGUUGUGCCACUCCUCAGAUCCGUAGUCGAAUCCUGGCUGCCCAGGAGCCAGCCAGCGUGCUGGAGAAAGCCCGGCUGAGGCUGCACGUUUCUGCUGUACCUGAGUCUCUUCCCUGUCGGGAACAGGAAUUCCAAGAUAUCUACAACUUUGUGGAAAGCAAACUCCUUGACAAUACCGGAGGGUGCAUGUACAUCUCUGGUGUCCCUGGGACAGGAAAGACUGCUACUGUGCAUGAGGUGAUACGCUGCCUGCAGCAGGCAGCCCAAGCCAAUGAUGUUCCUCCCUUUCACUACAUUGAGGUCAAUGGCAUGAAGCUGACAGAGCCCCACCAAGUCUAUGUGCAAAUCUUGCAGAAGCUGACGGGCCAAAAAGCAACAGCCAGCCACGCGGCAGAACUGCUGGCAAAGCGAUUCUGCACUCGAGGGUCUCCUCAGGACACCACCGUCCUGCUUGUGGAUGAGCUUGACCUUCUGUGGACUCACAAACAAGACGUAAUGUACAAUCUCUUUGACUGGCCCACUCAAAAGAAAGCCCGGCUUGUGGUCCUUGCCAUUGCCAACACAAUGGACCUGCCAGAGCGAAUCAUGAUGAACCGGGUGUCCAGCCGACUGGGUCUUACCAGGAUGUCCUUCCAGCCCUAUACAUAUAGUCAGCUGCAGCAGAUCCUAAGGUCCCGGCUCAGACAUCUAAAGGCCUUUGAGGAUGAUGCCAUCCAGCUGGUAGCCAGGAAGGUAGCAGCACUCUCUGGAGAUGCGCGACGCUGCCUGGACAUCUGCAGGCGUGCCACAGAGAUCUGUGAGUUCUCCCAGCAGAAGCCUAACUCCCCUGGCCUGGUUACCAUAGCCCACUCAAUGGAAGCUGUUGAUGAGAUGUUUUCGUCAUCAUACAUCACGGCCAUCAAAAAUUCCUCCAUUCUGGAACAGGGCUUCCUGAGAGCCAUCCUUGCAGAGUUCCAUCGAUCAGGACUAGAGGAAGCCACAUUUCAACAGAUAUACAGUCAACAUGUGGCACUGUGCAGAAUGGAGGGGCUGCCGUACCCCACCAUGUCGGAGACCAUGGCUGUGUGUUCUCGCCUGGGCUCCUGUCGUCUCCUGCUUGUGGAACCCAGCAGGAAUGACCUGCUCCUUCGGGUGCGGCUCAAUGUCAGCCAGGACGACGUGCUGUAUGCGCUGAAAGAGGAGUAAAGGGGCUUCAUGGGGAGAAAGACUACGGUCUGCUGGGUUUUGUUUUUUGAGACAGGGUCUUGCUCUGUCGCCCAGGCUGAAGUGCAGUGGCACCAUCCUGGCUCACUGCAGCCUUGACUUGCCAGGCUGAGAUGAUCCCCACACCUCAGCCUCCCAGGUAAUUGAAACUACAGGCACAUGCCCCCACGUUCAGCUAAUUUUUUUGUAUUUUUUGUAGAGACAGGGUUUCACCAUGUUGCCCAGCUAGUCUACUCUUUUUAAAGAUCUGAUUUCGUUUUUGUAAGCGCAUGGAAUAUUUGUAACAAAGUAUAUUGAAUGGAAAUGGCUCUCAUGUAUUUUGGAAUUUUCCAUUAAAUAAUUUGCUUUUU